AUGUCUCGCAUGCCAAUACGGACCUUCUUGGUCGCCGCCAAAAGACAGCUUCAAGAUUCGAUCAGAGACCAGACCUACACAUCCUUUGUAAUCGGCAAUGAGUCUGCAGACCUAGAUUCCAUUACAUGUGCGCUGGUAUACGGAUACAUCCAGUCGAGCAAAAUCGAGUCCAAACGUACUGGAAGACUGGUCGUUCCAAUUGCGAACCUUCCUGCUUCUGAUUUGCCUCUACGGACUGAACUCACUGCACUGCUCAAACAUGCAGGCAUCAAGCCGUCAGAUCUGAUCACAUUGGAUGACCUGGGAACGAGCCCUUUACCGCUGGACAAGACAGACUGGACGCUGGUAGACCACAAUGCUCUCCAGGGUCAGCUUGGUGAGCGGUACCGGAGUAGAGUCGUUGGCGUCAUCGACCACCACGAGGAYGAUAAUGCUGUCCCCAAAGAUGCUGCAUUGCGGAUUAUCGAGAAGUGUGGAAGCUGCAACAGUCUCAUGAUAAAUUCUCAAAGGGAGACUUGGCAGUCGCUUGGUUCCAUGGUGUCUACUUCGGCCGUCGGACUCGGCCAGGAUGACAUCCUUAUCGACGACUUUGCAUACGCCUCGACAUGGGAUGGGCAAGUGGCAAAGCUCUCCUUGGGAUCCAUUCUGAUCGAUACCGGCAACAUGGAGAUUGAAUCGAAAGUCACUGAUCACGAUCGGAAGGCUGUCCGGUAUCUAGAAGCCAAGAUCAACGUCUCUCCGAAGCUGGGGAAGGAUUACGAUAGGAAGAAGUUCUUUAACGAGAUUCAUGAUGCCAAAAUGGAAAUUUCCAGCCUGUCUCUUGCUGAUGUCUUCCGCAAGGACUAUAAGGAGUGGAAAGAGGGCGAUCUGACACUGGGAAUGAGCAGUGUAGUCCAGUCCUAUUCCUACCUUCAGGCGACAGGAGAAGACCUCCAGGCUGCUUUGAAGAGCUUUGCCCAGAAGAAGUCCUUGGAUCUCUAUUCGAUUACAACUUCCGGCACGGACGAAUCGGGUCAAUUCUACAAGGAAAUCUUGCUGACCGCCUUAGGCGGUCAGAAGGCUACAAAAGCGGUCGAAAGGUUUGUAGCAAUAGCUAAAGACGACUUGCAGCUUGGAGACAGAGACGGUGUCAAGUGGUCAGCUCCGUCAGAUCCCGAUAUCUCGUUCCAGCAUCUCUGGAAUCAGGGCAAUGUCGAGGCAAGCAGAAAACAAGUGGCACCUUUCCUGCGGAAGGCCAUGGCCGAUCAGUGA